GGGCACACAUGGUCCCACAAGACAAAACGGGACUGGAUUAGGAGGGUGGAAGAAGCAUGGAUGUUUUGGAAGAGGGCCAAGUCGAGGGAGGUGGAUAUGGAGGGGAUACAAUAGUCACAUAUGUGGCGCCAACCGUGGAGUUGAGGGACUGGUUGAUCAAUGUGCAGCGAGUGGAGGAGGUGCAGCUGGCGGAGGUACGUGGUGAAGUGAGCCUCCUCCCAUGGAAAUCGCCAGUGGAGCUGCAGGCAGCGAAACUGGCAGAGCGGCGACGGUGGCCAUGGGUGAAAGUUUAUAAACCAUCCACCCUAGCGGCCAAGUGGAUGAGAGGGGCGGUGGAAUAUUUCUAUGGCCCGAUAGCCGAGGAACAGGCCUUCAACGAGGAAGAUCGAGAGUAUACACAGGGCCCAUUGAAGAACCCGCUGAAGAUUACAGUGGCUGUGGCCACUGGCCCAUACAAGCAACAGCCUGAGAUAAGGGAGGCUGGAGAGCAAGGUGGGAGUAGUUGUCGGCAGGGGAGACAUGUGGGAGGAGAGAGUCAGGCAGAGGAGGGGAAGGGUGGACGAGGGGCGGCGACCGUACAAGGAGAGGAGGGGGGAGUGGCUGACCUGCGGAGUAGUCUGGCAGUGGAUGGAGGGGGAGAAGGUCCCAAGGGAAGUAGAACGGGUUGUAGGGGAAGUGUGAGGACGGACAGUUUGUCAAAGGCUCCAGACCGAGGGAGAGAGGAGGUAGAGGAAGGAAACACCAACAAGACGAAAGAGAUGGACUGCAUGGGAAUAGACAACGGCGAAGAAGGACAAGAGGACACACAGAGACCGACCAUGCAAGAUAUGGGGACGGGAGGCGAGCAGUGGAAAACUGGUAUCGCAAAGCUCGAGCAGGUGGAUGCUCAGGGGUGGCAAGUGUAUGACCCGCCGAUUAUAAUGGAUCGGGACAAGCACGGGUCGUUGCCGAAAGGUGCAAGGGGAAGGAGGGAACUGAUGACGGAGGGGCCGUUCAAAGGAUCCUCAUCCGCCGAGUGCCUCCCGGUCCCAACUUACUCAUCUGCCAUGGCGGAAUCCUCCGGAACGCACACCCGACAACAACGCUUAAAGCAGGGGACGACAUCGCACAACACACGUGAGAGGGAACGGAACCCGAUGGGGGGGAAGGGCUUGGGACCGAGGUAUUGGUUACGAGGCCGAAGGGAUGUGUUGUCAUCCCCCUCGACCUCCCUCAUACCAAGAGAUGCAAGUUAUGGUCUGUCGGUGGUGAGGAUGCCGAGAGGUCGAGAAGACGACGACAGCUCGACCUCGCCCGGAACGGAUUCCUCGGAGACCGAGCAUUCGGGGACACAGCGCGAGGAAGAUCAAGAUGAAAACGAGAGUGAGCUGGACAGUGGGAAGGACCAGGAAGAAGGACAACAAUCCGACCAGAGCUCCUCUAGCGAUUCGACAAAACGAGGGGGGCAGCAAUCUAAGCAGCAAGAGGAGAUAUCAGGGGCAAAAUCCAUGCGAGGAGCUGAGGAAAAACACGAUAGUCAACGACAGCAACGUGAGCGGCAAGAGGCAAUACCGUGGGAUUAAUCGGCACAAGGCGCAGAGGGAGCAGAGGAGGGCCAGCACCAAGAUGGACAGCAGAAGGACCUGCGAGCGAGCUGGCACGACAAGAGCGAGUGGAGACGAG